AUGACGCGUCAUGAAGAGUUCAUCAUUGAUGAUUCCUUCCAAAUUUUUGUCCAGCAUACGGAAAUUCCUGUGGGUCGCUGUCUCAAGGAUGUACCUGCAUUGCUAAUGCGGCGGUUGAAGAAGAUGAAGUCCGUGGUGGUUGUGGACGGCAACGAUGACCUUUGUAUGGCGCGCGCCUUGAUGAUUGGUAAAGCCUUAGCCGACAACGACCAGAAGCUAUUCCGAAGCCUGCGACGUGUGCUUAUUGUUCUUUAUGCCUUCGUGUUGAUUGCCCGCGAGAUGCAGUUAAUCCGAUUGUUUGUGGGGACUUGCCGAUGUAUUUACUCCAAUGCCCGGCGAAAGCCGGACAAUCCCCAUCGUUGCGGUGAGACCAAAUGCAAGACAUGCGGUGUGUUUGACCUCCCGGCUGAUCAUCGCUGCUACAUGCGUCCCAAGCCGUUUACGUUGGACCGGAAGACGAAAUGCAGCGCCUCCAAGUUUUUGUAUUUUGAUUUUGAAACUUAUGUUUCAUCGUCAGGCGACCUUGUGCCCAACUUGGCGGUGGUGCAGAAUGACGAGGGGGUUGAAUGGAUUUUCCCGGACUCUGUUAGCGAUAUUGGCCAGGACGUUACCGAUGACCUUUGCGCAUUCCUUUUCCAGGAAAACCACCAUGGUUAUUACGUCAUUGCCCACAAUUUUAAGGGGUUUGACGGAUACUUUAUCCUCAACUGGUUGCUGCGUAAUGGCAUCGUCCCAAAGGUCAUCAUGAAUGGCGGCAAGAUUUUGAUGUUGGACGUCCCGGCACCGUACAACAUCCACUUCCGUGACAGCUACAACUACAAUCCGCAAAGUUUGUCCAAAUGGCCGGCGACCUUUGGAUUGCAGAAUGCCAGCAAGGGAACCUUUCCCCACCGAUUCAAUCGGCCCGAGAACUGGAACCGCGUUGUGCCUUUUCCUUCCAAGGACGAGUACGGUUAUGGCAGUAUGAAGAUGAAGGACCGGAUGGAUUUUGACCGGUGGUACGAUGCGGAGUUUGCGGCCAAGGGCGGAGUUUUUGAUUUUCGGAAAGAGUUCGUUCAGUAUUGUCAGAAUGACGUUACGGUAUUGCGUCAGUGUUGCCAGCAGUUUGCCCAGCUCUUCACGGACAUUAGUGAUGGCCUGAAUCCUUUUGUCUCGGCCGCCACCAUUGCCGGAGUCUGCAGCGUGUACUGGCGGACCUUCCUGUUGAAGCCGGAGCAGAUCGGCCUGAUUCCCAACCAGGGCUUCGGACGCAACCGCCCACAGUCCGCCAAGGCCCUUCGUUGGCUACAGUGGAUGGAAGCCGAAGGUCAGUGCGAAAUUCAGUCAAAGGUCACCGGCUCAGAGCACAAGAUCGGCUCGUACUUUGUGGACGGAUUUUGUGUCCAGACGAAUACGGUUUACGAAUUUCACGGCUGUUGGUUCCACGGCUGUCCUCAGUGCUUUGCCGGCAAUACCGUGCAUCCAUACCGCGGCCUAAAGAUGUCGGACGUUUACCGGGAAACCAUGGACCGCGACCAGUAUUUUAAAGAUAUGGGAUACAAGGUAAUUGUCGUAUGGGAACAUGAGUAUGACAGGAUGCGCGUCACUGACCCCGAAUUCAACGAUUAUGUUCGCACCGUCAACAUUCAAGUCGGAAUCAAUCCGCGGGAUGCCUUCUACGGUGGACGCACCAACGCGGUCAAGCUCCAUCACAAGGUGGUGGAGGAUGAACGGAUCUGUUACUACGACGUCUGCAGCGAAUAUCCGUUCGUCAACAAGACCAAACGGUAUCCCACCGGACAUCCGAUCAUCAUCACCAAGGAUUUUGCGGAUCCGCGCAGUUACUUUGGCCUUAUGUCUUGCAAGGUGCUGCCGCCCGAUGACCUGUACUUGCCCAUCCUUCCGUACCGUAGCAAGGACAAGUUGACCUUUCCACUUUGUCGGACCUGUGCCGACCAGCGCAUCAACGCCCCUUGUGAGCACGAGCCGCACGAGCGCGCGCUGACUGGCACAUGGUGUACACCGGAAAUCGCGGCAGCGCUGGACCGUGGUUACGUCAUCGCGGAAAUCUAUGAGGUAUGGCACUUUGACCAGCACGAAGACCGCCUCUUUGAAGGAUACAUCAACAAAUUCCUAAAGAUCAAGACCGAGGCCAGUGGAUGGCCGACGGACGUUACGACCGAAGACCAAAAGACCCAAUACAUCCAGGAAUACCAAGCCAAAGAAGCCAUACAGUUGGACAGUGAGAAGGUGCAGGAAAAUCCCGGUUUGCGCUCCUUGGCCAAACUGAUGCUGAAUAGCUUUUGGGGCCGCUUGGGUAUGCAGAACAACAAGUUGACCACGGAGUACGUUAGUGACCCGGCCCGUUUUUACGAACUGCUGCUGUCCGGCCAGUACCAUGUCCACUCGUGGGAUCUUUUUGGAGAAGAAGUCCUGCAGGUCAUGUACACCAAGGAGGAAGGCUUCAUUGAAGAUAAUCCUAGCACGAAUGUUGUACUUGCUGCGUUUACAACUUGUUGGGCUCGGCUGCAUUUACUGCAGUUCAUGGAACAGGUCCAGGACCGACUGUUAUAUUUCGAUACCGACUCUAUUAUCUUCGUGGACCGACCCGACCAGCCCAAGCCGGAAACGGGCAAGUUUUUGGGUGACCUUACGGACGAACUGAAACCCGGACAGUACAUUACCGAAUUCGUUAGCCUGGGUCCGAAAACAUACGCGUACAGGACUAAUGAUGACGUCAGCAUCGUUAAGCUUAAAGGUUUUACUCUCAAUGGAGCUACUAGUGAACUGAUCAAUUUUGAGCGCAUGUUGUCGAUGUUGGAUACUUCAGAAGAAGUGAAUGUUAAUUAUCCUGAUUCUAUACAGCGCCAUAAGCCCAGUUUGACUUUGCGGCAGCGCGACAUGUCUAAGAAGUUUCGUAUGACCUAUGACAAGCGCCGAAUUGUUGAGAAUUGGAACACUUUACCGUUUGGCUAUGUACCAAAGUGA